AUGGAUCUCUGUGUAUCCGACAGCAUCUCUCCACCAGCAACACCUCCUUCUGAUACCAUUGGUUCAUACCGGCAACCAUCAACAACAUGGGGUCAUCAGCAUCCUCCUCUACCUCCUCGAAAAGAUAUGCCUUGUCUACAAUACAUUGCAUCAGUCAAAGGCAGCUUCAUGCAGUUAACCGCCCAACAACAACAACUCUUACUCUCGGAACUCGUGCCGUGUUGCAACAACCAGCAGCUCUCCUUCCUUCAUUCACUCAUCGUCCCACGUCUCAAGGUUGAUUUCAUUCGCCAAUUGCCAAUCGAGCUUGCGUUGCAUGUGUUGUCGUUCAUCGAUGACGAUCCUUAUACCCUGGCACAAGCCGCUUGCGUGUCGUCAUGUUGGAAUGCUGUACUCAAAGACGAGUCGGUGUGGAAGUCCAUGUGUCACAAACAUUUGAAGAAGAGACGACGACCCCUUUUGCAUGGCGGUAGUGGUGAUGAUGAUGAUGAUGAGAUGAUGAUGACCAUGUCCUAUCAUGCGUAUUAUCAGCAUAUGCAUUUAGUGGAGAAAGCGUGGCGUCAUGGAGGGUCCGUGCGCACAUGCACCAAUUCAAUACGAUCAGCACUGGUGACAAGCCUUCAAAUCGAUGAUCCUUUUAUUGUCGUUGGAUGCGAUAAUCACAACAUUGAAGUUUUUGACAGCAACACGGGUGAUUCCCUGUAUACACUCUCAGGUCACCAAGGAGGCGUAUGGGCUUUACAAUUCGUCAAAAAGAAUGAUCAUGAAACGAUCCUUGUAUCGGGUGGAUGCGAUAGGAUACUUCGUGUAUGGGAGCUCAACACUGGCAUCGAACAAUACAGGCUGACUGGACAUACAUCGACCAUUCGCUGCGUCAAGAUGUGUAUGGAUGAUCCACGAAUAGCUGUCACUGGAUCUCGUGAUGCAACAUUGAGGAUUUGGGAUGUGGAACAAGGUCAAGUGCGACAUGUAUGCUGGGGUCAUCAAGCAAGCGUACGAUGUAUCGAUAUCCAUGACCAUCGAGUUGUAUCAGGCUCUUACGAUCACACAGCACGGCUUUGGGAUAUCAACACUGGCGAAUGCAUACAUACCUUCAUCGGCCAUCGAUCACAAAUUUACACGAUCCUUUUUGACGGCACACGCAUCAUUACCGGUUCGCUUGAUUCUCAUAUCCGCGUUUGGUCAGCUGACACAGGUUGUUGCCUAGCGACGUUGCAGGGUCACACAUCUCUUGUUGGUCACUUGCAAUUAUUACCUUCCGAUCCAUCGAUCCUUGUGAGUGGUGGCUCUGAUGGGUGCUUACGUAUAUGGGAUCUCGAUCAUUAUGAAUGCAAAACUCGGAUAUCAGCACACGAUAACUCGGUUACAUGCAUGCAAUUCGAUGAUAGACAUAUUCUCAGUGGUGGCAGUGAUGGCUGUGUCAAGUUAUGGGAUCUUGAAACGGGUGCACUCAUUCGAACAUUUACCGAUCCAGCACGCACUGUUUGGAAAUUACAGUUCAAGGAUACCAAGGCUGUGGUCGUUUUGCAAAGACCUUCUUCAUCGGAUCAACCAACGACAACCAUUGAAUUGCAUCACUUUGAUCAGGAUAGAAUAGAAUAG